GUGCAGGUCGGCUUUUUUAAAGGAAAAUUGAACAGCGCACCUUAUGCACCAAGUAAUUUUACCCUCCCUCCUCUCGACGAUUUACACUCCAGUCCAGCGGGUGGCGCUAAGACAUUCAUUUGUUUGUCAAACACCAUUAAACCUCAGAGGAAGAAGUUUAGUUUCAUUGCGCUCUCUGUUGUGAUGCUGGUGUAAUACAAACUGUUAAAAUUGUUGUUUCUGUCAAUAUAAAAAUACAGUUUUUGAAUCAGAUCAGUAAAUACCUGUAAUAUUGUCAUUCUCAUAGUCGUGAGUAAGUUUUGAAGCAAGCAGGAAUAUCUGGAGGAGUAUCAUUUGAACUGAGAUCUGCUGUGAAGAUGGUGUUUGUUAAAGAGGAGAGAGAGGAGGACACGAGUGAACCAGAAACCUGGAGAAUAAAACACGAGGAACCAGAACCCUGGAGAAUAAAACGCGAAGAACCAGAACCCUGGAGAAUAAAACAGGAGGAACAAGGAGGCCUGAAGAAAGUGAAAGAAGAAAGACAAGAUCUGAAUGAAGUGGAGGAGAAACAUCAGGAUCAGAAAGAUCAUGAUGUCAAUGGAGAAAAAUCAGAAAGUUGCAACAUUAAUAAAACAGAAGUCAAAAGGCCUUUCAGCUGCUCUCAGUGUGGAAACACUUACAAACAUAAAGGAAGCCUUAUGAAACACAUGAGAAUCCAUGGUGUGGAAAAGCUUUUCAGCUGUUUUCAGUGCGGAAACACUUUCAAACGUAACGAAAACCUUAAGAAUCACAUGCUAAUUCAUGCUGGAAUAAAGCCUUACAGCUGCUCUGAGUGUGGAAAGAGUUUUACACAGAAAGGACAACUUAAGAAUCAUUUGGUAACUCACUCUUCAGAAAAACCUUUCAGCUGCUCUCAGUGUGGAAACACUUUCACACGUAAAACACACCUUAAGAAUCACAUGUUAAUUCAUACUGGGAUAAAGUCUUACAGCUGCUCUCAGUGUGGAAAGAGUUUUACACAGAAAGGACACCUUAAUGAUCAUUUGGUAACUCACUAUUCAGAAAAACCUUUCAUCUGCUCUCAGUGUGGAAAGUCUUUCACGCGUAAAACACACCUUAAGAAUCACAUGUUAAUUCAUACUGGGAUAAAGUCUUACAGCUGCUCUCAGUGUGGAAAGAGUUUUACACAGAAAGGACAACUUAAGAAUCAUUUGGUAACUCACUAUUCAGAAAAGCCUUUCAUCUGCUCUCAGUGUGGAAACGCUUUUACACGUAAAACACACCUUAAGAAUCACAUGUUAAAUCAUGCUGGAAUAAAGCCUUUCAGCUGCUCUCAGUGUGGAAAGAGUUUUACACAGAAAGGACAUCUUAAUGAUCAUUUGGUAACUCACUCUUCAGAAAAGCCCUUCAGCUGCUCUCAGUGUGGAAAGUCUUUCACACGUAAAAGAUACCUUAAGACUCACAUGUUAAUUCAUGCUGGAAUAAAGCCUUUUACUUGCUCUCAGUGUGGAAAGAGUUUCAUAUGUAAAGGAAUCCUGAGGAAUCACAUGCUAAUUCAUACUGGGAUAAAGCCUUUCAGCUGCUCUCAGUGUGGAAAGACUUUUACACAGAAAGGACACCUUAAGAAUCAUUUGGUAAGUCACACUUCAAAAAGCCUUUUACCUCCUCUCAGUGUGGAAAGAGUUUCAUAUGUAAAGGAAUCCUGAAGAAGCACAUGUUAAGUCAUGCUGAGCAAAAUUAGGGUUGCCAACCUUUCUGUAUAAUAUGGAAUCGUCCUGUAUUUAAGGCAUCAAAGAAAUGUUCUGUAUGUAAACCAUACGGAACACAGUUUGUCAAAUGUACUUGUAUACUCAAAUAUCUACCAAUGUCCACCAAGAGGAUGGAAACAUGUAGCAAUAGUAUUUUUUCCUUCUCUCUGAUGGGUCAUUUUGUGGCAAUUUUCUGUUCACUAUGUCUUUUCACAAAAGAAAUGUGUAAAAAUAGACAUUCAAAUGUGAAUUUUCUGUUUACAUACCACACAAAUAAAUGUACUGAAUGAAUUCAAAUGUGCAUAUUCUUUCUCUGUGUACUAUAAUAUUGACUUUUCCCAGUAAACUUUUACCUACCAUUGCUGUUAACUAGUGAACACAUCCUGCCCCUUUUCCACCAAGGCAGUUUCAGUGCUGGUGCCUGUACCAUGAUGGUGGCUGAACAAACUCAGGGUUACAG